GCUUAUUUUUACACUAUUUUAAAAUCAUUUUCUGGGUUUCUUUCUGCUAUCACAAUGGUGAACAAGCCGGUUGCCAUCAUCGGGAGCAGUUGUCGGUUCACAGGAGCAUCCAAUACAUCCAAGCUUUGGGAGCUACUCAAGGAACCUCGCGAUGUACUCUCUAAAAUUCCGGAGGAGCGAUUUCUGGCAGAAGGAUUUUAUCAUCAGGAUGGCCAGCACCAUGGAACUAGCAACGUUUUACAUUCAUAUCUGUUAGACGAGAACCCGCUUGCUUUCGAUUCCGCAUUCUUUCACAUUCAUAACCGAGAGGCAGAAUGCAUUGACCCACAACAACGCUUGCUUCUUGAGAAUGUAUACGAAACUAUCGAAUCUGCUUGUUACCCGAUGGAGACCAUUCGGGGCUCUGACACAGGCGUAUUCGUCGGACUUAUGUGUGCAGACUAUUAUGAUGUUCAAAUGCGAGACCCCGAGACGCUUCCACAAUAUUUUUCCACUGGUACUGCGAGAAGCAUCGUAUCAAACAGGGUCUCUUAUUUCUUUGACUGGAAGGGUCCUAGUUUGACUAUAGAUACUGCUUGUAGUUCUAGUUUGGUCGCCGUCCACCAAGCUGUAAGCGCGCUCCGAAAUGGAGAGUGUCGUUCUGCUGUAGCGGCAGGUGUCAAUUUGAUCUUUGGGCCCGAGAUGUUCAAUGGAGAAGCCAAUUUGAAGAUGCUGUCGCCCACUGGGACAUGUAAGAUGUGGGAUGCUUCCGCUGAUGGAUACGCACGAGGAGAAGGCUGUGGGUCUGUUAUGCUCAAACUAUUAGAGGAUGCAAUUCGGGAUGGAGAUCGUAUUGAGUCUGUCAUCCGCGAGACUGGGGUCAAUUCGGACGGUAGAACGAUGGGAAUCACAAUGCCUUCAGCUUCAAGUCAAGAAAAGCUGAUCAAAGAGACUUAUCGCAGAGCUGGUCUCGAUCCUUCCAAAGAGUCAGACAGGUGUCAAUUUUUCGAAGCGCAUGGAACAGGAACCUUGGCGGGUGAUCGUCAGGAAGCAGAGGCUAUUAGUCGAGCGUUUGAUCUCUACCAAACGUCCCAUUUGAUGCAAGACAACCUUCCACUGAGUGUUGGGUCAAUAAAAACAAUUGUGGGCCACCUUGAAGGAUGUGCAGGCAUUGCGGGUCUCCUGAAGGCAUCGCUAGCGCUACAGCAUUCUUUCAUACCCCCAAAUAUGCAUUUCCAGGAGCUCAAUCCAGAGAUUGAGCCAUUCUAUCAGAACCUAAAAGUCGUAACAUCGCUACAGCCAUGGCCAUUAAUUCCAGAUAACACUCCUCGCCGUGCUUCAAUCAACAGCUUUGGAUUCGGCGGAACAAACGCACAUGCCAUACUGGAAAGCUAUUCUGCAGCUCUGGACACUACUGAAUCACAACUCAGUUUAGGGAAAGAAGAAAUGACCCAAAUAAAUACAAUAGUGCCUCUUCUGCUCUCUGCCUCAUCUGAGCACUCUCUUGUUGAAUUGACAAAGAAAUACCUUGAUCACUUAAAAACCCACCCAUUCCAGAAUCUUCAAGACAUAUGUUGGACCGCUUUGUCGUGCAGAUCUUUACUUCCUGUCAGAGCAUCAUUUGUUGGGGAAUCUAGUGAUUCCAUGAUCGCACAAAUAAAACAGAGACUGGACCUUCUUUCGAUUGAUUCAUCGGCCACGCUUGGCGUAGCAUCUAUUGGAGAUUGCCAUAAUAAGAUACUUGGUAUAUUUACAGGGCAGGGUGCGCAAUGGGCGACGAUGGGGAGUGGGUUGAUUCGGAGCUCACCGAUUUUUAGACAAUCCAUCAAGAAUCUCGACCACGUCCUCCAGUCCCUUCCAGACGGCCCCGAGUGGCUUCUCUCUGACGAGAUUCUUCGGGUACCAGCUGAAACACGUCUGAAUGAUGCUCAGAUCUCUCAACCUGCCUGUACUGCGAUUCAGAUUGGACUUGUGGAUCUUCUCCGUGCCAUGGGUAUAAAAAUGGACGUUGUCAUAGGUCACAAUAGUGGAGAAAUUGCCGCAGCUUAUCAAAGUGGCUGCUUGAGCGCUCGAGAUGGCAUAAUUAUCGCGUAUUAUCGAGGUCUAUUUGCAAGAUUGGCCUGUGGCGCCGACGGAUGUGCAGGUUUGAUGAUGGCUGUUGGUAUUGGGCACGCAAAAGCCUCCAACUUCUGCUCACGAAAGCAAUUUAGAGGCCGUUUGUUCGUUGCCGCAAGCAAUGCACCACAGUCCUCGACGUUAUCUGGUGACUGCGCAGCUGUUGAGGACGCUUUCAAGACUCUAAAGGAAGAAGGAGUAUUUGCUCGCAUUCUAAAGGUUGACACCGCAUACCACUCACCUCAUAUGAAUCCUUGCGCAGAGCCAUAUUUAAAUGCCAUUCGAAAACAGGACAUUGUAUAUACUCCUUGUAUGAGUUCUUGUGUAUGGAUUUCAACUGUUCAUGGGUUUGAAAUGGAUAUCAGUUCGGACCCAGUUAACGACGAAUACUGGUUAGAGAAUCUUUUGAAUCCUGUAUUGUUCGCAGAUGCAUUGCAGAUUGCAUGCGCGGAUUAUGGUCCGUUUAAAGCGGUCUUAGAAAUUGGGCCUCAUGCUGCCUUGAAAGGGCCGACAGUGCAGACGUUGAAAGAAUAUUCAAGUGGAAAAACAACACCGUAUUUCGGACUUCUUAGCCGUGAAGAAAAUGAUCUAAUUACAUUUGUGAACGCAAUAGGGUCACUAUGGACAGCAAUGCCAUCAGCAGUUCCAGGCUUCUCAGUGGAGCUAGCAACAGGCACUACACGGAAGCCCAAACUGCUUGGUAAUCUGCCAAAUUAUUCAUGGGAUCAUCGGCAGACAUUCUGGCACGAGUCUCGCUUGUCAAGCGAGUAUCGUUUGCGUCCUCCGCCACAGGAGCUUCUUGGCGCACGCAUCUAUGCAACAGCCGAAGAAUAUCGCUGGAGAAAUGUCAUUCGCUCAACUGAGAUUGCUUCGUUAGAAGGGCACAAAUUCCAGGGCUCGAUUUUGCUCCCGGCCGCCGCAUAUUGCGCCAUGGCAAUAGAAGCCUCGAAGGCUUUCUGGGAUAAUCAAAUACCUCGACUCAUUCACAUCAAAGAUUUUCAUAUCGUCAAAGGGAUCACUAUGGACGAACAGUCGAAUGGCAUCGAACUACUUUUUUCCCUGAAUGCCGUUACAGAUCACAAGAAAGCAACACAUAAGGACAAUACUAUCAUAUCUGCCAACUUUAAAUGCAGUUCGUGUAAUAUUGAUGGAGCUCGAAGGGUCGAGACAACAUUUCACGGCACGAUAGAAAUCUCCAUUGCUCCUGACAAUGCCAAUGCUCUUCCAUCGAGGCCAUCUACUCAUCCUCUUCUCGACCCCGUUGAUAUGGAAAGAUUUUACACUUCGUUACUGAACGUUGGAUUGUCAUAUAGUGGUCCCUUCAAGGGCUUGUUAUCAGGCAAUAGAAGGCUCUGGGAAGCAGUCACAACAGCACAGCAAACCCAAAGCUCAUAUGUGAUUCAUCCGACUUUGUUGGAUCUUUGUUUCCAAUCAACAAUUCUAGCAUUUGCCUCGCCAGACGAUGGGGAAUUCGAUAUCCCUUAUCUACCGAGGUCUAUAAAAAGUCUGAUGAUUGAUCCUUCAGCUCUGGGGGGAACAGCAGUGGGUAUCAUAGAAUCCUUCGUCACCAGCCACGAUCUUCCAUUUGAAGACAACCCACCCUCUAUCAUUGCAGACAUGGACAUGUAUAAAGAAGGUGGUAUCCAGAAACAACUUCAAAUAGAGGGGAUGAAGUUCGUAGCUAUGGCAACUGAAAUGGACCAGAAUCGAGAAAUGUUUUUCCAAGAAGUUUGGGUAGAGGAUAUUUCCACUGGUCUCGUCGCUUCCCAUACAAUACAAAAGGACACUUCACUCGAUCUUGAAUGUUUCGAACUUUGCGAACGACUAUCUUAUGUCUAUCUUAAAGCGAUUCGACAGCAGUUCAAUUAUGACGACAUACCCAAAGAAUAUACUAACUACUUCAACUCUCUCAAUGACUCAAUGUCUCUCGUGGACGAUCUCAAACAGUCUAGCUUUCGAUCCGAGUGGCUAAAUGAUACUCACGAUAGCCUUUCCAGCCUGGUUCAAAUGCAUGUCGAUUCCACCGAUGUUGCAGCGAUAAAUGUUGUUGGCAAAAUGCUUCCCGGGGUUAUUCGUGGAGAAUUCAAGCUUUCAGAAUCUCUGGGAGAUGGAUUCCUGAUGAGGCAUUACGGUGAACGUGUCAAAAUCCCAUUUCUUAAAGACUGUCUUGCCACAACUGUUAAGCAAAUUUCUCAUCGAUAUCCUCAAAUACGUAUUCUGGAACUUGGAGCACAUUCUGCAGAAAAUGCGAAACAAAUUCUUUUAGGCCUGGGCAGCUCUUUCGGGUCCUACACAUACAGUGGUCUUUCGGCAGCAUCUUUCCACGCCGCUCGUAGCACAUUGGCACGCUGGGCAGGUAAGACGACAUUUGAGACUCUCGACAUUAGAAGCGCUCCACACUCGCAGGGCUUCAAAGAUCAUUCGUAUGAUAUUAUCAUUGCCCCAAAUGGUCUCCAAAUCACUCAAAAUGUUCAUCGAACGCUACUAAAUGUUCGCCAGUUGUUAAGACCUGGUGGCUACUUUUUAACUAUUGAGAUUACGGGUAAGACGAUGAUGAACGAUUUGAUGUUGGGUGCAACAUCUCACUGGUGGUCUGAAGUCAGCGAUCAUCGCUAUUUGUCUCUUGCAACAUCAUUAGAUAAUUGGCACGGCUUACUCGACGCUACGGGGUUCUCUGGUGUACGACAUCAUAUUGACGAUUUCCAUGAUUCGAAACACAGAUCUUCUUCCUUAAUCGUGUCUCAAGUUCCAAAUACGAUAUCAGAUGGAGAUCCUAAUGAUCAAAUUGUUGGUCGAAAUCCGGGACGACUACUAAUCAUUGGAGGCACUUCUAGACAUAUUUCUGAUUUUGGAAAAGAAAUCUUGGCACUCUUAUCUAACACGCCACAGCUUGCUUUUGUGGAUUCUUUAUCUGUAUUAGAUCUUAAUGCUUUGGAGGGAGUCUCUGCAGUACUCUGCAUGACCGAACUUGAUAAACCGCUCUUUAGAAAUCUCUCGCCUUCCGAAUUUGUGGGUUUGCAAACCCUCUUUCAUAGUUCGCGGAAGAUAUUAUGGGUCACUGAAGGGCGUUGCAAUGCUGAAGAUGCGUUCUCCAAUAUGACUUUGGGGCUAGGCCGUACAAUUGCUCUCGAAUAUCCAGAGCUUUUGCUCCAGUUUUUGGACGUUGACAAUUUGUCAUUGCUAAAUCCUGCUAUCCUAGCUCAGAGAUUGAUGCAACUAGACGUCUCUGACUCUUCCGAUUCACAUGCUGGCGAUCUAUGGAGUUUAGAGCCUGAAUUACAGGUUAAGAAUGGCAGACUCCUUGUACCGCGAGUUCUUCCCAUCGCUGAAAUGAAUGACCGCUUCCGGUCAAGGUCUCACCCCACCUUCAAUACUCUUGGAAACUAUGCUUCAAAAAUUUAUAUUCCUCUGCAAGAUUCAAGUCUACCCUCCACUGCAUUUGUUUGUGUUCAGGUUAUUCAAUCUUCUCAACACCCUGUUAGGAUUGCCGAAAACGUGUUUCUGUAUAUCUGCUUCGGGCACAUUUUGGAGGACAAAUCACAAACAGUCAUUGCCCUAUCUUCAUCCAAUGAGCGCAUAAUUUGGGUCAAACGUUCCUGGAUGAUUCACAGUAGCGAUCAUUUCAAUGAUCCUCAGCAUACUCUUGAAUCGGUUAUUGGCUAUUUGUUCGGUUGCUUUCUUGCGGAGCUGCAUCCUGCAGAACAUGUGGUCAUUCAUGGGGACAGCAACAUACUUUGCGAGACAGUUGGCUUGAGACUUUCGUACUCAAGUUGGCGUGUUCAUCGAAUUAUGACUCAAAAGGUCGUUUCCAAGUUACCGGUGUUACUCGUACACGAUAAAUCACCUAUUCGUGUUUUACGAUCUCAGAUUCCAGCCACUGCAUCACUAGUUGUCGAUAUCUCUGAAUCACGAGAUCAUAUCACUCAGGUACUUGCAAAGCUCAACACAGUCAAAAAAUGUUAUGGCUGGUCAACAUUCUUCCGCACGGUAGCAACUUCUUCUCAGCUGGCCACAAGUGUUUUGGAUCUUGCAAAACCGCUUCAAGUAAUAAAAAAGUGGAUUGAAGAAACGCCAUCUAUCUCUAAUUUAUCGUCCAUCGACAAUAUGGUAUCCAAUGUACCAACAAGCACUAAACUCAGAGUGAAGCCUAUAGACCCUAGCUGUCUCCUACGAUCAGAUAGAACAUAUAUAUUGGCCGGUAUGACGGGCAGUCUUGGUCAAAGCCUUUGCCGAUGGAUGGCCAGUAAUGGUGUGUGCUAUCUAGUUCUCUGGAGUCGAAGCCCUCCUAUUGAUCAGCCUUGGCACCGUGAACUACAAGAAAAAGGAGUACGGAUUCUCCUUGAAUCUGUGGAUGUCACUGAUAGUACCGCUGUUGCAAAUAGUGUUCAGUCUUUACGUGAGCAAUGGCCCAGAAUCGCUGGUAUAGUUAAUGGAGCCAUGGUAAUCUCCGACUCAAUGUUUUUUGAUAUGAGUUUUGAAAGCUUUAACCGCGCUGUCAAACCCAAGGUCAACGGUAGCGCGAUUUUAGACACUGUUUUCUACGAUGAAAGUCUUGAUUUUUUUAUUAUGCUUUCGUCUCUUUCCUCCGUCGUUGGUAACAUUGGUCAAGCAAAUUAUUCGGCAGCUAAUAUGUUUAUGGCAUCGCUAGCAAAACAGCGAAGAUUGAGGGGAUUGGCGGCAUGCUGUGUAGAUGUCGGCAUGAUACUUGGUGUAGGAUAUGUUUCCACGAACGCCAGAUCCACAGAAGUCUCCCUUCGUAGACAAGGAUUCACAGCAAUAUCGGAAGCUCAGUUCCACCAGAUCUUUGCAGAGGCUAUUCUCAAUAACGCUCCCAACUCCCCUUAUUCUUCGGAAAUUAUAACAGGACUUCAGGAUCGACAAUGUAAAGAUAUAGUUCCAUAUGCUGGCAAUCCCCGCUUUUCACACCAUUUCAACGGUUCUACAAAAACUGAAGCAGUGUCGCAAACUCAAAAUUUACCGCUGAAAGAUCGUUUGUUCUUGAUCAACAAUAUCAAAGAUCAAGAACAGAUGCUGCAGACGUCAUUCCUCGACCAUUUACAAAAUAUGCUGCAGAUACCCUCCGGUACCAUUAAUCCUGACAAUUCGCUAGUAGAGUUGGGAAUUGAUUCUUUGAUGGCCGUCGAGAUAAGAUCUUGGUGGCUGAAAGAACUAGAUCACAAUUUUCCAGUUUUGAAACUCCUCGGGGGCGUGUCUCCAUCAUCUCUCUGUGGUCAGUAUGUAGCAGGAAUAUCCCUGAUUUCGUCUCAAUCAACAUCAGAUGGAGAAUAUUUGGUUGCUCACGGAACUACAACUGGCUCAUAUGCGACUUCUUCUAGCACCAUAGAAGAACAGACUUCGACCUCUGCCAGCAGUGAUGAAGAAUUGUCGACGAUGCAUUCUAACCAUAAUUCCCACCGAAUAAUUAAAUUUACGUUAGAUAUACCCACUCGUGAUGUGCAAUUGACCGUACCGACGUCAGAUGCACAGUCUGGCCUUCUUUUUAUCAUGGGUUGUACCGAUGAUUCGACAAUCUACAACUGCACGUUGCGCUACAGUAUUGUGGGGGAUAUUGAUCAGAAUCGUCUCAAUAACGCAUUUGUCAGAACCAUGGAGCAGCAUCAAUCCUUACGAACGGCAUUCCGCAAAGAUAAGGUAUCUGGAGAUACCAUUCAAGUCAUUUUCACCACACCUCGCCUAGAUUGGGCGUAUCGAACUGCACUUAGCGAGGAAGAAGCUCUCUUAGAAUUUUCCGACAUGAAAAAACGAAAUUAUGAUAUUGAGAGUGGGCGAACCAUGGCUGCAACACUUCUUUCUUUUGGACAUGAUUCACAUCAACUGAUUUUAGGAUAUCAUCACCUUAUCAUGGACUUUGUAAGCUUGCGAAUAUUCUUCGAGCAGGUCAGAAACUACUAUAACAAUCAGAUUCCGGUUACUACGUCUACUCAAUAUUCAGAGUUCGUGAUACAUCAAACGAAAAUUCUGUCUUCAUCAACAGCUAGAAGCGAUAAAAGUUACUAUCUCCAAGAGUUCGCUGAUCCUCCAAGUCCAGUCCCACUACUACCCAUGGCUCGCUCUCAGUUCCGGCGCAGUUUACCACAAUACAAAAUUUGUGCAAGUGAAAUCGCGAUAACCCAUAGACUGAAAUUGCAAAUCAGGGAAGUAGGGUCUAGCUCAAAGUGCACACCAUUUCAUUUUUAUCUUGCUUCACUACAGGUACUACUUGCACGCACAACUGGAGUGGAGGACUUUUGCAUCGGCAUUGGAGACGCAAAUCGGGCUGAUCCGAAGUUCCUUGAUACCAUUGGUCUCGUCAUGGAGUUGGUUCCCUUGCGCUUCCAAUAUGGGUCCCUUGACACAUUCUCCAAAGUCAUGUGCGACACCCGCCAAAAGGUUCUAGCAGCACUGAGUCACGUAUCCACCCCUUACCACGUAGCAUUGAGUGGUUCCCAAAGAUCAACUAAUACUAGUCUUAGCCCACUCUUUCAAGUGGUUCUGAACUAUGUUGCCGGCGGGGCAUCAAGAAUGAAAAUGGGAGAGUCUAAAUUUCAAUACAUCGAGUCUGAAGAGGCAAAACACCCCCAGGAUUUAGUUUUUACUAUCCGCGAAAUCGAUGGUGUUACCCACCUAUCUCUUGCUUCUCACGAAUACCUAUAUAGUAAAGAGGAUACCAAAGCGAUACUUGAACUUUAUGUUGAUCUAUUAGAGACUCUAUCCUCCUCUCCAGGCAAGGAAAUCUCACAAUAUCCAAUGACCACUACUACAGAUAAUCGGGCUUUGGCACUAGGGCUUGGAAAUUCGAUAACAACACGCUGGCCAUCUACUCUGUCACAAAAAGUCGCCGAGAUAACAUCAGAGAACCCUAAUCAUCUUUCUUUGAAAGACCAGCUGGGGUCUCAAAUGACAUAUGCUGAAUUGGAAAAAAGAGUCAAUACCAUUGCAAGUGUUCUAAUUAAUGCAGGUGCAAUUGGAGGAACUUUGAUUGGAGUUCUUUCCAGCUCCCGUACAGAUGUUGUAGGCACUGUUCUAGCCAUUUGGAAAAUUGGUGGAAUCUAUUUGCCCCUUGUCGUUUCUCAUGGUGCCGAGCGCCUCUCUAAUGUCACUUCCAAUUGCUGUCCCGAAAUACUUGUAUGUCCAGACUCAGUGAAUCUUGAGCUAGCACAUCAGCUCAACUCCAGACACGUUGUGGAUCUAACAGAAGUUCACAAUCCUCAAAAUGUCUUUACCAUAUCGGACCGGAGCAGUAGUUUACAAACUGCAGUCAUCAUAUAUACAAGUGGCUCCAGUGGGUUGCCUAAAGGUGUCGUACUCACUCACGCCAAUUUGAUGGCUCAGAUCACGGCUGUACAGUCCCGUAUGGGGUUUGGGCGCGAGGUUGUCCUGCAGCAGAGCUCAAUUGGCUUUGACGCAUCACUGUUCCAAAUUUUCAUCGCCCUGACAACUGGUGGAUGCCUCAUUCUUGCUGAUGGAAGAGCUGAUCUGGCAGAAAUACCUGCUAUUAUGGAGGAUGAAAGUGUAACCAUGACUCUAGCAGUACCAACUGAAUACACCUCAUGGCUUGACUCGAACAAAGAGGCUCUCCAAAGGUGUUCUUCUUGGCGGUAUGCAUUCUCAGGUGGCGAGAUGCUCACACCCAGGCUUCUGCAUGGUCUAAAGGGAUUGUCUCUGACAAGUCUCGAGGUAUACAAUGCAUAUGGACCUACCGAAUGCUCCAUAUCUUGUGCCAUUCAUCAAGUUCCAUAUCUCGAGUACGAAGAUGGCAUGGAAUGGACCCUCAGUCUUGUGGGAACCGUGCUACCUGGUUACGAAGUAUACAUUUUGGAUGAGAAGUUACAACCUACUCGCAUUGGAUGGCCAGGGGAGAUCUUUAUUGGGGGACCCGGAGUUGGUUCUGGCUACGUGAAUGACAAAGAAAAGACCAAUGCAAGCUUUUUUCUUAAUCCCUUCAAACAAUCCGAAACGACUGGCACAACUCUUUAUCGAACUUCUGAUCUUGGUCGGAUACUGCACGAUGGAACAAUCAGCAUUAUUGGUCGUGCGACCGGCGAUAGACAGGUAAAACUAAGAGGAAUGCGAAUCGAGCUCGAUGAAAUAUCUCACACUAUCCUGUCUUGUUCCAACGGCAUUGUUAAAGAGGCGGUUGUCAUCAAAAAGAGUGGCACAGAUCCAUUUCUGGUCUCAUUUGUUGUUCUGGAUCCCAACAGAAUGCCUAUAGAUACACCAGGAUACUUGAGAGACCUUUCAAAUUCCCUUCCUCUGCCACCUCAUAUGCGACCUGCCGUAUGUGUCAGCAUCGAAAAAAUCCCUCUUCUAGCCAGCUGCAAAGUCGAUUAUGGAAAACUACAAGUCAUGCCACUCUCUCAAGGAGUGAGGGAUCUCAAAGGAGAGGAAUUGAAUCCCAUUGAGAAGAAAAUGGCAGAGAUCUGGAGAAAGGUUCUUCCCAGCACAAGUGAUGAGUUUGUUAUUGGAAAAUCGACGGAUCUGUUUGCCAUUGGAGGCAACUCUAUUCUUCUUCUUAGAAUUCAAAGUGAGAUAAAAGAGCGGUCCGGUAUCAAAAUACCUCUUUACAAAUUGUUUCAGUCUACCAUGCUGGCGGAUAUGUCUCUACAGAUGGUAAUGGGCGGUAAUUACCUUCUGCACAGUUCGUCUAUUUCUUGGGAGCAAGAGCUUUUUGUUGAAGAUAUAUUACAAGAUGUUCAGAAGCAAGACUCAUCUAUUGCAAAGCCCCAGAUAGUCCUUCUCACUGGAUCAACCGGAUUCCUUGGGCAGGCCAUUCUCCGUCUCCUUCUUUCAAGUCCUCAAGUUCAAUUUAUACAUUGUGUUGCAGUAAGGCCAGGCUCUCGUUCCAACAUUCCCUCUUCGCCGAAAGUGAUCGUUCAUGAUGGCGAUCUUUCACAUCCACUUUUCGGACUUAGCCACUCAAUCAUAACGACUUUAGCUAACACUGUUGACGCCAUUAUUCACAACGGGGCUGAUGUAUCUUUCCUCAAGCCAUAUUCAGUAUUACGAGCACCGAAUGUGCUUGCAACAAAACUCCUAUGCCAGAUCGCCAUACCUCGCAAGAUACACAUGCAUUAUGUGUCUUCGGCAGGUGUUACCAGAUUCUCUGGCCUUGAGACAUAUCCGGAGGUCUCCGUUGCAGAACACCCUCCUCCUGAAGCCACAAACAGCAGCUCAAACUCGAAUCAAGAAUUCGACUCAUAUUCGAUCACCAAGUGGGCUAGUGAGGUUAUUGUUGAGCGUUCAAGCAGGUCUUUUAAAACGCCUGCAACUAUUUACAGACCAAGUAGCAUCACGGGGGAAAACGCACCAAAGCAUGAUCUCCUCACAAACAUUCUCGAAUACAGUAAAAUUCUCAAGUCUGUGCCAAUCUUAGACGGAUGGACAGGUGUGUUUGAUAUGAUCUCUGUUGAUAUUUUGGCACAGAUGAUUGUGUCGAGCGUGUUAGAUAUAAGCUCUGAGGAGAUAGACGACGAGCCAACGACAGUCUAUCGUCAUGCAUGUGGGGAAGUGAGGUUUUCAGCUGCUGGGAAUGGACUCCUAGAGUUUGUUCAGGCUCAGUUAAACGAUUGGGGACCUCCUGGGCGUGAUAAUGUGGUGACUCGGGCUAGUCUAAAAAGCUGGGUCGGAAAUGCGAGACGGGCUGGAAUGGACACUCUGGUCGCUGAAUACUUGGAGGGCAUUAAUAUGUUAGAAUCGGUACCGAUGCUUCCUAUAUUGGAGGGUAGUUUGAGUAAUGAGCAGCAUAGAGCAAGAUAUUUUGGGCAGGCCAAGGUUGAUGGGGCGUGAUUUUUUAGUGUAUAUCAAAUAAUUCUAUUGAAUUCAUCGCGAGCUGGGACCUCACUUUUGAGAAAAUUCCAAGACACCCUACGUUGCUGAUUAGAAGAGCCGCAGUGCAUAAUCAACCCAUAGCUCCAGAACUAGAUAAACAAGCGGCUUCCUAAAUAACGCCAGCAGUAUUCCA